CUAACCGAGCUGUAACGGGACACUUUCAGCGCACCAAACCUUUACCUGCUUCCAUCUCUGGUAUGUUCAGACUCUCUGCGCGCCUUGCACCGGCCUGGAUGAUGCGGACGCUGGAGAGGUAUUCCUGUCUUUGUAACGGUGUUUGGGAAUGCUCGUUGACACCCUGAUUUGGUGUUGAAUGAUCGCAGGGACUACGAGGCGACAAAGGGAUUUCAUACCGAGCUGUUUUGGCCGUCUGAGUUCGGGGCUCAGGGUGUGCCUGCGUGAUGCCACAUGUCUAGGCCCUCCCUAAUCCUGCUGCGGCGACACAGAGGAUCCCCCUCAGUCCCUGGACACCUCAGUGCUACACAUUCAGCUCCUUGACUCAUCCAGCUCAUCCUCUGCAGCUAUCAGUCACUGAUCAAUCCUAACUCACUCUCUAUUCAGGCUUUCAUUUUCCAGACUCUCGCUUCAGACUGGGAUUACUUACUGAUCUGAUGCUGAAUCCUGAUACGCCAACUGAGUGUGUUGUGGACCUCUGACAGCAAUGUCAAAACUCACCCACAUCCAAAUGUGACAACAGGUUUCCUGACAGUCCUCAUUCCUCUCAUUUCUGGGUUUUUGCUCUGUUGGUUGGAAGCCAAAGCCAUAGCUCAUCUGUCACUGAGAAAAAAAAAACCUCCUUGUUAUGAGGGGUUCUGAGACCAAAAAGACCGAAAGCUACAGCCGUUUUGAUGCUCAGCUUGUCUACAGGACCUGGGCAGUGGCAGGACAGCUUUUCUCAUGUGCAGAUUUUAACUUAAGUUGUUGGAGGCUACGGCACAGAAUACACUGCUGUGUGCUGAGACUGAAAAAUUAAGCUUGGUGCAAUCCGUAUACUUCUUCUGUUUUCAUUACCUGGUCUGAGCUGCCCAGUCCGGAGCAGCGUGUUUUCCAGAUGCUGCAAUGCCCAUCAUCAGCAACGCCAACCAUGACUUCAGCAAUCUGUCCGUCAGCGAUGACAGCAGUCUUGAUCGCAUCUUCACAGAGAUCCCGGAGACCGAAACCAUCAAGGGUGUGCACUACCAGAGGGCUCAGUUCAUCCGUCGGCCAGAGGACCUUUUGUCUGUCGACCACGCCCUGCUGGCAGUAAUCAACGUUGGGGGAAACCGCUACACCUUCCCCUGGAGCACCCUGGAGCAAUUCCCCCUCACACGACUUGGCCGCCUGUGUGGCUGCCAGUCACCUGAGGACAUCGCCAGUGUUUGUGACGACUAUGAUGAAGCCCGCAAGGAGUUCUUCUUCGACCGCUCACCAUCUGCCUUCCGUGUCAUCCUCAACUUCUUGGCUGCAGGGAAGCUGCGCCUGCUGCGGGAGAUGUGCGUCCUCUCCCUGCACGAUGAGCUGACCUACUGGGGAGUGGAAAUGGCAUACAUGGAGCGCUGCUGUAAGAGGAAGAUGUACACACGCAUCGAGGAGGUGCAUGAGUUGGAGCGGCGUGAGGAGGAGUGCAGGCAGAGAAACGCCAUGCAGCGUGAGCCGGUGGAGGAGACAAGGUACCGAAAGGUGAUGAACUGGCUGAGAGAUAUGGUGGAGAAUCCUCAAUCUGGCUUACCAGGGAAGAUCUUUGCCUGCAUGUCGGUGGUCAUGGUUGUGGUUACUGUCGUCAGCUUGUGUAUCAGCACCAUGCCAGACCUCAGAGAGGAAGAGGACAGGGGUGAGUGUUCCUCCAAGUGCUACAACAUGUUCAUCAUAGAAACGGUGUGCGUGGCCUGGUUCUCCCUGGAGUUCAUCGUGCGGUUCAUUCAGGCCCCCAGCAAGCUAGACUUCCUCCGUGGGCCGCUCAACAUCAUCGAUGCCAUGGCCAUCCUUCCCUACUACGUCUCCCUGGUGGUGUCAGAGGAGGAUCCAGAACUGGAGCACGAGAGGCCAGGAGGAGGUAAGGGCUACUUGGACAAGCUGGGCCUGGUGUUGAGGAUUCUGAGGGCCCUGAGGAUUCUCUAUGUGAUGCGGCUGGCUCGCCAUUCUCUUGGCCUGCAGACGCUGGGGCUGACGGUCAGGCGCAGCACCCGGGAGUUUGGCCUCCUCCUGCUUUUUCUCUGCGUGGCUGUCACUCUAUUCUCCCCGCUGGUCCACUUGGCUGAGAGUGAGCUCACAGGCACCCAUGACUUCAGCAGCAUCCCCGCCUCCUACUGGUGGGCCAUUAUCUCCAUGACGACCGUUGGCUACGGCGACAUGGUGCCUAGGUCCAUUCCAGGACAAGUUGUAGCACUGAGCAGCAUCCUCAGCGGGAUCCUCAUCAUGGCCUUCCCUGCUACCUCCAUCUUCCACAUGUUCUCCCGCUCCUACCAAGAGCUCAAGAUGGAGCACGACCGAUUGUUCAAAGAGGAGUGUGCGGCCGCUGCGGCUGCUGCUGCUGCCACUGGGGAGCUGCAGGAGGUGGGAGGUGAAGGAGACUCAGCUCCACCUGGGCUGGGAUUGCGUCUAGACAAGGAUAGCGUGCACUCUCUGGAGUCUCUCGCUCUGUUAGGGAAAGGUAGUGAAACUGCAGGAAAUAACAACCACAGCCUGCCAGCAGCAGCUUUCUGAACAGUGCUCACACUGACUGACUCAAUCCUAAACUUCCAAGAAGAUAUGAGUACACAAAUCUCUAAUAAAAUGACUAUUGCUCCAAAGGCCUCACUUCCCACAAGGUUCUGAGGAAGGUAUCUGUAUUGCAUUGGACAAAAGGGGAUGAAACAAACAGCAUUUCUGUUGCUCUUUGGUCCUGCUAAUAAUAACAAUAAAAAGUGUGCAUACUGUGACUGCACAGAACCUGAAAGACUGAAAACCCUUUAAAUUGGACGGUCCAGUUUGUCUGACCAGAAAGCCUAUAUUACUAACUGGCUGCUUCCAUAAACAUGCAAUAUUCAAUCCAAAGUUGCUUUUCCUUCCACUGUGAAAAUACGUAUAAGCCCAACUGCAACUUUUAGUUUUAUUCCUAUUACUUUUGAAUAUGUUGCCUACGGUAUGAGCUAAAAAAUUGUCUCAUACUGCAUACUCUACUUUUAUGUCAAGAAUUAAAAGAAGUGCUCAUCUUAGUUUAUUUUUUAAAAGCUUGAAGCCAUGUUCUGAGAAGAAAUAUAACAAACUAAUAGUUUCUCUCAUGUAUGUUUGUAUGCUUGGACUCAAAGGGGUUAUGGUUUAUCUGUUCUCUACCGCAAACUCCAGGUAAACUGUUUGAGGAUAUUACAGUAAGUAAUAAGUUAUAAUCCAAAUAGUUUUGUUUUUUAAAUCAGCUGACAAGAAAAUGAAAGGAUGCAGAGAAAGAAAAGAGUGUUUGUGUUGGAGAGAGAGGUUGUGUGAGUGUGAGAGAAUGAACGCUAACAACCAUGACGUGUACUUUGCAAUGCUCCAAAUAAAAGCUCUCCUAGUAAUCUGAGAGAA